AUCCUGAGUCACGCCACUGGUGAUGACGCCUCACCGUGAGCCUCAGCACUGUUCCACUCGCUGUUCUCACACAGACGCCAGUACAUCAGUGACUCCGUGAACUGGUUCAUCAUUAAGUCGGAGAAUUUUAAAAUAAAAACAGUUCCAGCUGCUUCCUCCCGCCUGCCCAGCGGCUGAUAGCGGUGGCUCGUCCCCAUGGCUUUCAAACCGGUGCUCCUGGUGCUGCUGUGGGGCCUCGCUGUCUGUGUUCAUGGUGUUGCAUCUUUGUGCAAUGUCACCUGCUCGACAGACUACGAAGCGUCACUGAACUGUUCCUGUUCAGGCUCGGUGCUCACAUAUCCUGUCCUCCUGGAAGUUAGCUGUGGGCUAAAGUUGACGGAUUUAGACCUGCAGGUCAAUGGCAGCUGUGUCAUCGAGCCGUCUCCUUCCUGGUGCGAAAUGAUUCUGGAUAGACUUUAUGAAGUCGCGUCCGUUGGUGUCAAGUGCACUACGACAGUCAGGCAACAAGGAGAGCGAGGAGUGAUGGCUGCCAGUGAGUCAUCCACCUGGGUGCUGAGUGAUGUGGUGAAACCUCCACCUCCUUUCAGUGUUCAAGUGGCCGACGUCGAUGAAGUCUACAACAUCACGUGGGACAGCAACACAAGCAUCUUCUAUGGUCUAACGUACAUGAUACGCAUAAGAGAAAGUAGAGAUUUGUUAAAGGAACCAGUUGUUUCCCUGUCUGUGACGGAGACGUUCUUUUCGUUAAAACACAAGAUACUGGAACCACAUGUCAGCUACACUGUGGACGUUCAGGCCAGAAUAUCUUCUGGGCUCUAUCGGGGUCCCUGGAGUGAGUGGAGUCCUGCUGCUGAGUGGACAACAGCAGGAGCCUCUGCAGCAGUUGAAGGAAUCGCUCGAUCCUGGUGGUUCGUGUCGCUGCCCAUCGCUCUUGUCCUCUGCCUCCUGUUGCUGGGCUAUUUCCAGAAACCAUGUUGGCAGAAGAAACUGGAGCUGAUUACAUACGUCCCCAAGCCGAACGAGUUCUUCAAGCCCCUUUACCACAACUACGACGGGAACUUCAGGGAGUGGGUGAAGCCUGUGUUCAGCGAGUACGACUACUUAAGGAUCAGCUCCAGCGCUCAGGUGAUCAGCGAGACGCAGCACGACAUCCUUCAGUGGAACAACAAGAAGCAAAGCUUCACCGAGGACAGCGAGACGAAACCAGGCGGAGGCUCUCUGGUCAACAUGCUGCAGCCUCCCAGCAACCUGCUGCUGCACCUCCAGGACGGCGGCAGCUCGCAGGGCACCAGCCACUCCACAGGCCACAUCUCCAUCCACACCGUCACCCUCUCCGGGGAAGAGUUUGAGGAGGAGGUCUCGUCACAGAUCUCCAUAAACACCCUGAGAAGUUACCAAGAUGGAGAAAGCUUCGGUUCAUUUGAGGAAGACAACAGAGAGCCGGCCGGCUAUGAUCUGGAUGGACCUCAGAUGGACAGGAUGGCUCGACAGCACGACAUAAUCAGCGGCUUGUUGGUGGAAAAUAUCCACUUUGAGCAGCAUGCCCACUUUAAUGAACCAGAGAGGGUGUCGCUCGACUCGUUCGUGUCCAACGAGCAGUCAGAAGACGGCUACCCUCACGUGGACUUGGACACCAUCGACAGUGGGUUUGGAGAGUGCAGCAGCCCCGGCGCCUCGGACUCGAACACGGCAGAGCGCCUGGACUCUGAUCUAUUCCAGGAGCACAAAAACUCAAACUAUGUCAAGCAGUGGAUGGUCUGCAGCACGGUUCAGGAAGACUGCGGCAGCUUGGAGAGUGAAGCCCACGAAGCCCAGUGACCACAGCUUCUGAUUGGUGUCUGUCGUGCUGUGAGACGUGUAUUUAAAACAUGGACGUGAUCGUGAACGUUUCUACAGCAGCGUCUUGUAUAUAGUCUAGUCCCCGUUUCUGAAGCGUUUUCUUCUGACCUCAGCUUUUCAGACAUGAGAGCGUGAAUGGAUGUGGUGCGAGUCUGACAGCACAGAACCAGAUGUUCUACUCAACACAGUGUCAGAUGAGACACUGAGGACUCCUCAGAAACACCGCGUGGAGACGUUGCUGACAUUUCUACAGCUGAUCAGUGUUUUUUUCCUUCUUUCUUUCUUCAUCAUGUCACUGUACAGAUUCACAUUCUCAUGGUCUUGCACGCUUCAGGGCUUCAGCUGUAGCACGAGCACACAUGCUGCCUUAUCAAGAUGUCUGAUAAAGUCUGUUUUCCUCCACAUGCAUUGUGGCUGUAACCACUGUUACCUGUUUUUGUGCAGUGUCAGUAAAAAGUGCAAACUGUUCUGAUCUGUCAGCGUGAGGUGAUUAUUUCACUGGCUUUGACUGGAUUCAUCAAAAGGAAGUCGAGAAAGCCGCCAGACAAACUUUGACAAUCUGUGCUGUCACCUGACGUUAUGAACAGACUGUUGUCUGUGUUUCAUUAAAUAUACACAUAAACAUGUA